AGCUCCACCGCCACGAGAGCAUCCAAGAGAAGAACGUGAAAGAAGCCAAAACCAAGUGCAGAACCAUUGCUUCCCUGCUGACAGAUGCACCCAACCCCCACUCCAAGGGGGUGCUGAUGUUCAAGAAGCGCAGGCAGAGGGCUAAGAAGUAUACACUGGUAAGCUUUGGGAGUGUCGACGAAGACCGCUCUUACGAGGAAGAAGACGGAGUUUUUCCAACUAGUGAGUCUGAAUUUGAUGAGGAAGGUUUUUCUGAUGCCCGAAGCCUAACUAAUCACUCAGACUGGGACAACACUUACCUGGACAUUGAAAAGUCCAAGUCUGACUCUGAACAGAAGGAAGAGAAGCAAAAAGGUUUGAGUGAGGUCUCAGGUAAAGGAGCACGAUUAUUUGAGCAGCAGAGGGAACGGGCUGGAAAGUACACAAUUGAGAAAGUCCCGGCACAGAAGAGCCCCCAGCUUGCCCCCGCUGCCCAGCCGCAGCAGGGCACAGUGAACGGAGAUAUGCCUGUGCCACAGAAGGCAGACACUGUGCCCCUCAGCAUCCACCUGGAAGGCAUGCAAGUGCCCAGCAAGCAGCCAGCCACCCUCUCCACUCAGAUUCUGGCUCCUCCUAGCCCCACUUUCUUCCUGCCUCCCCCAAGCACCCCUGAUCCUUUCUCUGCAAGUUCAACGAGUAUGUUCAACAGGUCUGCACGGCCCUUUACUCCUGGCUUUUCUGACCAACGCCCAGUAACAUCCUCUGUCAUCUUCAGGCCAUCUGCACCCAAAAAAACUAGUGAAAGUCUGGGUGGGCAAAGCACGGUGGUUCCCCCUUUCUCACCUCUGGCUCCAGAAACACCUGCCAAUGCACCAAUGCCAACACAUCGUGGUCAAGUCAGCUCCUCCACAUCUCUCUAUAUUCCUGCACCAGGAAGGCCAACACCACCACUGCAGUCACAGCCAAAAGAGGGAGGAUGUGCUCCAGAGACGAAGCCUUCUGUCAACACUGCCCGGACAUCCACCACCUCUAUCUUUCUGUCAACUCCCUCAAAGCCAGGAGGGGAGGUGGCCUCCACAGCAUCCCAGCCACGUGUCCCUGGAACAGCUUCUUCUUCUUUGUAUAUUAGUCCAGCACCAUCACAGCACUCGAUAAGCAGUUCCCCCGUGCCAAAGCAGCCUUCUCCUGCCAUCUCACCAGCAACGCCACGACCUCCUUCUGAGCCCUUAACCUCCAGGGAGCAGAGGAUUGCCGUGCCUGCUCCCCGCACAGGCAUCCUACAGGAGGCUCGCCGGCGGGGCAACAAGAAACCCAUGUUCAGUAAGAUUGAGGAGAAGAAGAAGAAUUCACCCAACCCUGAGCUCCUGUCUCUGGUGCAGAACCUGGAUGAGAAGCCGAAAGGUGACCACCCUGGGACAGGCUUUGAGUCUGGGCCUGAGGAGGACUUCCUCAGCUUGGGUGCUGAAGCCUGCAACUUCAUGCAGUCCUCUGGCCGCAAGUUCAAGACCCCACCUCCAGUGGCUCCUAAGCCUCAGCAGCAAGACACUGGACUGGUAAAUGGGAUCCAGGACAUGCCUCAGCUUAAAGGCAAGGGGGCAGAACUCUUUGCCAAACGUCAGAGCCGCAUGGACAAAUUUGUGGUGGAAACAACACGGAAGCCAGAGUCCAAGCCCAGGACCCCCUCUCCUUCCCCUUCUCUACCCUCGUCCUGGAAAUAUUCACCCAACAUCCGGGCUCCCCCUCCAAUAGCUUACAACCCAAUGCAUUCCCCUUUCUAUCCCCUGGCAGCCAGCAAAUCUCAGGCCAGCAAAGCAGAGAGCAAAGUGAAAAAGGCACCUGGCCAGAAAUCAGGGAUCAAGGUCAUUGAUUUAAUGCGCCACCAGCCCUAUCAAUUGAAGUCAGCCAUGUUCUGUUUUGGGGAUCCUCCAAACCCCAGCAUUCAGGAGUCUCCUGGUCAGCCAGCCCCACAGGCUAGCUCGUCCUUCACGGCAGCCAAGCAGGUCCCUGUGAAAACAGUCAAGACCCAGGAGAUCCGUCGCUUCUCCACUCCAGCUCCUAUGCCAGCCUCGAGCAGCCUGGCACCCACCGUGCUUGUGCCCCGCUCAGCCACCACGUUGGACGAGCCAGUGUGGAGAACAGAAAUGGCCUCUUCUGCCCCCACUACACCGGCCCCCUUCCAGGUGGAGCUCAGCCAGUCCCCUAAGCCGUACCAGAGCUCCCCAGAGCCUGGUCAGGUGGGCCAGGGUCCUUCCCCAAACCCAGCCUCGGCCCCUCGGUUUCAGGUGGCUAGGCCUAAGUUCUCGGCAGCGAGAACAGGGAUGCAGGCCAAUGUGUGGCGGCCGAGCUUUGGCCACCACUGA